GUAACACAAAAAAAAAGUAGUGAAUUUUCUUCUCGAACAAAUAAAAAAAAGACACAGAAGAAACUAGAAAGGAAGCGGAAGAGAUUGAUGAUUACGAGAAAGGAGCUGUUUCUUUGCAAAUUAGAUGCAUGAGGUUAGCUUUCCACUGGAUCUCUCUGUCUUCACUCGCCUGAUACCUACUCUCUUCUUCCUCGCCGUCGGUCUCUUUUACUUCCUCAAAAACACCGCCGCUAAGUACCUCGAUAUCGGCGGAGCCGCCGCCGGGGGUUUCGACAGGGAAUUAAUCUCUGUCGGUGCAGAGGAUUGCUCUGUUUGCGGUAAAUUUUGCACCACCAAAUGCUCUCGCUGCCAAUCCGUUCGAUACUGCUCAGCAGAGUGCCAGACGUCAGAUUGGAGUUUAGGUCAUCAAAGAAAGUGCAGGGACGUUGGGACUACUAACUUAGCAGCAUCUGCCAGGAAUGGUCUGAGGUUCAGAGCUUCAAGGGAUUGUCUGGAGAGGGACCAAAACAAGAUUAGGUUCAAGCCAAGAGAAGUUCUUUUCCCAUAUGAAGAGUUUGUUAAAUAUUUUAACUGGGACUAUCCAGAGUUGGCUCCAUGUGGGCUCAUGAAUUGUGGAAACAGUUGUUUUGCGAAUGUGAUUCUACAAUGCCUAUCAUGGACACGUCCUCUUGUUGCAUACCUACUAGAGAGAGGCCACAAGAAUGAAUGUAUGCGCGACGACUGGUGCUUCUUCUGUGAAUUUCAAACCCAUGUUGAGAGAGCAAGCCAAAGUCAGCUCCCUUUUUCACCGGUAAACAUUAUCUCACGGUUAACUAACAUCGGUGGAACUCUUGGGUAUGGGAGACAAGAGGAUGCUCAUGAGUUCAUGAGGUAUGCGAUUGAUACGAUGCAGUCUGUUUGCCUUGACGAAUUCGGUGGAGAAAAAAUGGUGCCUCCUCGCUCUCAAGAAACAACACUUGUUCAAUAUAUAUUUGGCGGUCUCCUCCAGUCACAGGUUCAGUGUACUGUUUGCAACAAUGUGUCUGAGCAAUACGAGAAUAUGAUGGAUUUAACGGUCGAGAUUCAUGGAGAUGCGGUGUCUCUGGAGGAAUGUCUUGAUCAGUUUACAGCCAAAGAGUGGCUUCAGGGUGAUAACAUGUACAAAUGUGAUAGGUGUAGUGACUAUGUGAAGGCAUGUAAGCGUCUAACGAUUCGGCGCCCUCCAAAUGUUCUCACCAUUGCCUUAAAAAGAUUUAAGGGAGGAAGAUACGGGAAACUGAACAAAAGAAUUAGUUUUCCUGAAACAUUGGAUCUUAGACCUUACUUGAGCCAAGGCGGAGAAGGAUCAGAUGUGUAUAAACUCUAUGCAGUGAUUGUCCAUCUAGACAUGUUGAAUGCAUCGUUCUUCGGCCAUUACAUUUGCUACAUUAAGGAUUUUAGCGGAAACUGGUAUAGAAUAGAUGACUCCGAGAUAGAGAGUGUGGAAUUAGAAGAGGUCAUUUCUCAAAGAGCUUAUAUGCUUCUCUACAGCAGGAUUCAAGCUCGGUCAUCAUUAUCGUCUACGAGUCUCAGGUCAGAAGUUCAAGAGGAGAAGGAAACAGACACUUUGGCAAUGAAAGCUUGCCAAAAAGAGUUAGUUGAGAGUUCAAUGGUAGAAGCUAUUGACACCAGUGAAGACCUUGUAUGCGAAGAAGAGUCAUCAUUGUCGUCCUCAUCAUCAACUUCAUCAUGUUCGUCACCAUCUGUGGUGACCUCUGAAUGUUGUGCAGAGGUUGAAAGGGUUGAUACACUGGAUUCUGAUUCGAACCCUUGGAUUGAUGAUGAUGACUCUGCAGCAGAUCAUGAAGAGGCUGUAGCAAAUGGGAACAUAGAUAGAGAGGUAAAAGACCAGGCUGUCGUUACAGCUUCAGUUCCAUCGAGUUGUUCAAAAUCCCAACAUCCGGUGAGAGAUACAGACACCAAGAUGAUCGCGCUCAAUGAUGUGGAAUGUUAAAUCAACAGAGCUUCUAGCUUAAGUAGUAGUGCAGAUAAUAAUAAUAAUAUUACACAAUGACUUAUGGUGCAAAAGGUUAUAAUAUAAAAUAGAAUUUUGAAUGUU